ACUAAAGCAGUAGAGCAGCAGAGAGCUCACCUCCCUCUCAUUAUCAAAGAGAGAUAUGGAGGAGGAAGACGACGAGAAGGUUGUGAAGAAGAGCAGCGCUAGCGGCGGCCUGCACGGCGAAGAGCAGGUCGAUGGCGGACAUGUCGUCACGGCGGAGACGGAGAUGGCGGCGGCGGCUGCACCGUCGCGGCAGCCGCAGAGCAUUCUCAUCCGUGCCUUCGCCGGCUGCCUGCUCGCGCUGUGUGGCGGCGGCGGCGGCGAUCCCUCCGAUCCGCCGCCGCUGCGUCCACGGCCACACGGCGCCACCGCGGCCGUCACUGAUACUACUUCUGCCGCCGCCGCCGCCGCCGCCGCUCAUCAUCUUCAACACGAGGCAGACGGAGGCAGCAAACAUGUUGUAACCGAGGAUUUAUUAGGCACUAAUCGGCCAAUGCUGCUGGCUAGAACAAGACCUCCAAGAGGACCCGGUCCUCCAAGAGAAGGGAGAGGAGGAGGUGGUGGAUCACACAACUAAUUACCCUAAUUAAGUUCACAGCUUAGAUUAAUCUUUCUGCUCUGAAGUUUGUCAAGCACUUUUAGCCAGGAAAUUAGCUAGGAAUGUACAAGUUUUGUACUUAGAGAAGGCAUAUUUUCGGAUGUAAAAACAGAUCGAUAUACACAACUAUAUGUGCAAGUACAGAGUUGAUUGUUUUUUACAUGUCAAACAGUAGCAAAUCUGGUACAUAAUUAACAGUACCAUACUCUUUCCAUUAUAUAAAUAUAAUUAAGUAA